ACAUUGAAACUGGAAUUGUUCCACAGAAAAAAGAAGAAAACAAAAAAGUUGAGAUAUUUUGAUUAUUGAGAGAGGAAAAAUGCAGGCAGCAAAGAAAGCAGUGGAGACCAUUAAGGAAACCGCAGCCAACAUUGGCGCCUCUGCUAAGUCUGGCUUGGAGAAAACCAAAGCCGCUGUCCAAGAAAAGACUGAGAGGAUGAGCGCAAGUGACCUGAUGCAGAAGGAUAUGGCAACAGAGAAGAAAGAGGAGAGGAUCAACCAGGCAGAGAUGGAGAAGCAAGAGGCACGUGAGCAUAAUGCAGUGGCCAAAGAAUCUGCCACUGGUGGGCACGUGACGGAGGGCCACUACACCGCCACCGCCGCUGCCGCUGGGCCCGGGGCUAAAACUGCUACACACCACCCCGCUGCGAUGGGGGCUAACCAGAUGCCAGCUAUGCAUGGGCAUGGGUAUGGGUCUGGGCUUGGGCUUACGCAUGAAUUACUCACUGAAGAUGUGAUGGGAUCGCACCCGACUGGGACUAACACUGGGAUGGGUAGCACUGCGGCCCAUAAUGUCCAUGUUGUGGGUGGAACUGGCCCACGAAGUGGGCCUAAUAUCUAAGUUGAAUAAUAAUUAGUUGUAGUUAGGGGUAUGGGUUUGUGACUUAAUGUACUCUUCAAUCCUUGUAUAGUUUCAAGUACUCCUAUUAUGCUA